AUGUCCAAAUCACCCAUAACCUGCCACGUUCUUGAUUCAUCAACAGGGAAACCUGCCGAAGGAGUGUUCAUUCGUCUCCAGCAACUAGAGGUCUCCAAGGAGGGUGGCCCAGAUAUAUUCCACCCACUUGCUAAAGGAGAAACAAAUGCAGACGGUCGUUGCUUAGAUCUCCUUCCUCCCAGGGGUUCAGAAUUAGCUCGCAAAGAGAAAACUGAUCUCGUGGCAGGACAGACAUACAAGGUCAUUUUCAGAACAAAAGAGUAUUUCGACCGCACAAACCGUCGCUCUUUCUAUCCUUGGGUGGAGAUUAUACGUCUCGACAUUCUACGAUUCUAUCCACCAAUGUCAAAGUCUUGA